ACCUCAGCCCUGCCAUCCUCUCUCCUAUAAUCUUAUAAAUAGCCAGUGGCCAAGCAUCAUUGGUCCGAGAGUCCUAUAAAUACUAAAGCAUCCUCCACCUGUUUGUUGAAAUGCCUCAACCAACAGAAUAUCAAACUAUUCCAUUCGUGCUAUCAAAGCCGCUCUCCCACUGAUAAUCUUCCCCCAACCCAUUACAAAUCUCAGUAUCUCUACUCUCUUAUAAUUGCUGAAUAAAAAAUCUAGACUCCAAAAACAAUGGUGGUUUUAUCCAAACCCGGAAUUCAACAGUUCCCAGUCAUCAAAACCUGCAAAUCCGCCACAUUCUUCUCUGGUGUUCCCCUCAUAGACCUCUCAAGACCAGACUCCAAGAACCUCCUAGUUAAGGCCUGCAAGGAGUUUGGUUUCUUCAAGGUGGUCAAUCAUGGCGUCCCAGGAAAAUUUAUCACCAAACUUGAAUCAGAAGCCACUAAAUUCUUCUCGCUUCCCAUUUCUGAAAAACAGAAGGCUGGCUCUCCUGAUCCCUUUGGCUAUGGAAGCAAGAGCAUUGGACCCAACGGCGAUGUUGGCUGGGUUGAAUAUCUCCUCCUGACAACCAGCACAGAGUUAGGCUUUCAGAGAUUCAUAUCAAUACCUGGCCAAAACCCGGAAAAUUUUCGAUGUACUGUGAAUGAAUAUGUUUCAGCUGUUAAGAGGAUGGCAUGUGAGGUUCUUGAGUUGCUGGCUGAUGGGUUGAAGAUUCAGCCCAGGAAUGUGUUCAGUAAGCUCUUGAUGGAUGAACAGAGUGACUCAGCUCUGCGGCUCAACCACUACCCUCCAUGCCCGGAAAUCCAAGGCACCGAUGGAAGGAAUUUGAUUGGAUUCGGAGAGCACACUGAUCCACAAAUCAUUUCUGUUCUAAGAUCCAACAAUACUUCUGGCCUUCAAAUCUCUUUGGGAGAUGGCAACUGGGUCUCUAUCCCACCUGACGAAAGUUCCUUCUUUGUCAAUGUUGGCGAUUCCUUGCAGGUGAUGACUAAUGGGAGGUUCAAGAGCGUGAGGCAUAGAGUGGUUGCUAACAGUUUGAAAUCAAGGGUUUCAAUGAUCUACUUUGGGGGGCCACCACUGAGUGAAAAGAUAGGGCCCUUGCCUUCACUGGUCCAAGGAGAAGACAGCUUGUACAAGGAAUUUACUUGGUUUGAGUACAAGAAAUUUGCCAAGUCUUCAAUGCUGGCUGCUAACAGGCUUGGUCUCUUUGAGAAAGUUCCAGCCUCGUGAUGGUUUUCCCCACUUUCCCGAGAAAAUUCCUGGGAAUCGCAUUUCCCGAUAAGGUGGUUCUGAGUCAAGACUUUUUAUCCUUUUAAGUUUAGUAAGGAAAAAGAAGAAAAGAAAAAAAGAAAUAGGUUUCCCACCAGUCAUAUAGGAUGCAAGAAAACUUAGGUACCCUUGUUCGUUCUUUUCUGUAAACCCCUCUUUCGAUUUUCCCACACUUGAUGUAAAAAUAUCAGUUUGCUUUCUUAUUAAUGAACACAUGUUUAUAUCA